AUGGUUCUAGACACUACCACCAGCAGCAAUCCCACCAUCUUCGUGAUUCCAGGCGGCGCAUGCCCGGUGGUCUUCUACAAUGAUCUGGUAUCUACCUUAACCAAACAAGGCUUCGAAGCAGAAACGCACAAUCUGCGAUCGUACACCGAUGAUCCAAAGAAUGCUGAGCCCCAGGGUCUGACAGAGGACGCGGCAUACAUGCAUGAAAAGAUCGAGGCUCUUGUGGAUCAGGGCAAAGAAGUCGUUGUCGUCGGCCACUCAUAUGGAGGACUCGUCACCACCGACGCCGCACACGGUUUGAGCAAGGCCGAACGUGCGAGGGCUGGCAAGCGCGGCGGCAUCGUCCGAAUCAUCUACUUAAGCUGCAUUGUUGGGGCCGUCGGAUCGAACUCGACGGAGACCUGUGCCGGGCGUCUGCCUGAGUUCGACUUCAUGCAGCCUUCGGAAGAGAACCCCGAAUUCUUGAGACAGAGCGAGAAGUCCGCAGGGACUGUUUUCAGCGAUCUACCAAAAGAGCAGGCCGACUUAUGGGUUUCGAGGCAGUGGUGCCACUCGGUGCGUGCGUUUAACGACAAGAUCCAGUACGCCUCCUAUUUACAGAAUCCCGUGACCUGGAUUUUCUGCAAAGGGGAUGAGGUGCUGACCCCGAGCUUUCAACGAGGCUGCAUCGAGUUCAUUGAGCAGGAGAAGGGGAAAAAGAUAGAUGUCGUUGAGCUAGAUGUUGGGCAUUGUCCGAACGUUACUGCGACUGAGUUGACGGCGAAGACCAUUGUCGAAGCAGUGAAGAGGAAUGCUUGA